AUGCCUGACAAGAGAAAAGCCACCAUGUCGCCCCGCCCCUUGAAACGUCCUCGGGUAUCUUAUGACGAUGAAGGUGAAGCAUCUUUAGCAGCGUCUUACGAACGUCCCCGUCAGCAUCCUCUCUAUGGUCAGAAGAGCGCCUUUCCGGGUUUGGAUGAAGGCGAUGAAUUGUUGUACGAUGAUCCGGAGGAUGGAUUAGAAUAUCUACGCAUGGUUCGAUCCGAAGCAAACUCACUACCUGUGCUAUUUUCUGCGCCUAUCCAGACUCCAGACCAGUCAAAUUUAACAUUGAACGCGCAACACGACCUGAAGACACUUGAUUCAAACAACCCUCCUUUGCCAGCAGGUUUUUAUGAAGACGAGGCCUAUAUUGCUCCUGCGGGAGAUCUGUACGAAGACAACGCCGCACAUUCCCCUUCAAAGCUCGAUGAACUCUACCCCGAUGCACAAAGGUCCUACAACAAUCUUCUCCGACAUCGAUUCCUCCUCUUGCGAUCGACCCUACGAUGCAGUCCGCCCGCUGGUGCCAUCAACGCCCUCGACAAUGACCAUCCUAUCAGUCUCCCACGAAAGGCUGCAGCUGCACACAAAACCUGGCGCCGACUCUUGGUGACAGUUGAACCACGCAUGGUUCAACUGGCAAGCAUGGACAUGGAAAGCGUGUUAGAAGUCCUGGAAAUACUGGCGCGUAUGGUGUCUGAUGUUGUGCGGGGUGACGACACCCAGCGCGUACGGCGCAUUGGAGCCUGGGCUUGGGGCUUGUUGGGCAAGUGCCGUGAGGUUGGGCAACUUUCUACUCAAGAGGUAGGGGUUAUUCGAAAUCUAGGCAAACGAGCUGCGACAAUUUUGCGCAAGGUGCAAGAGCUAGAGAACGAUGAGUACGAGGAGGAGGCCGAUUCUUCUGUCGCAGACCCAACAAAAGAGGAAACCCAGCAGGGUAAUCUCGUCGAGGAUGAGAAAGUUACGAAGGACAACGCUCAACAGGGGUCUACAAUCCAAAAUGAGGGAGUGACCAGCCAGGAAACCCAACCGGGACCUACAGCCCAAGGCGAGGAACUGACCAAGCACGGGUAUCAGCUGAAGGCUACAGUUAUGAACAUGGAGGAAAACAAGCAAGAAGAAUUGCCAGAGACUGCAGAGGCAAAAGACUCUAGCAUGCCUGAUGCAUUGCUAGAACAACCCGAGUUGGAGGCGGCCAAGGCACGCUUGCGGGCUCAGCUGCAGAACAAUCGCGACUCUAUUGAGACACCUGCUAGCUGCGAAGAAGACGACGACUGGUCGAUUCAAACCCACGCCCUGCUCGACAUGAUCAUGACGGUGGUUGGUGAGUUCUUUGGCCAGCGGGAUCUGUUGGCUGAACGAGAAAUCUGGGAUUAA